AUGUUUAUUUCACGAAAGUAUUUUUGCUCUAUAACUCAAACAUCAAGUCAAGAAUCGUGGAGCACAAAGUACGGUAACAUCACUACGGUAAUAUCGUUUGGACCAAUACAGCAACGUCGCUACAGUAAUGUGGUUUGGGCUGUUACAGUAACACUACCAGCAUGGGAUUACCAUACACCCGGUCGACUCUAUGAGCUUGGUCCCCGGCUUACAUUGGAACUGACGAAAAUCGAAGAAGGUGUUGAUGAGGGUGAAGUUCUUUAUCACGCUUAUAUCUCGAAAACUGUCAAAGAGCUUGUUCGACUGCGAAAGGAAUUGCCGAAGAAAAAGAAGAUAAAGGAAAAGAUGCGAAUAAGAAAUGAACAUCGUGUUAUUCGACGUUUGAAAACUUUGGAUGAGCAGAAAGCUAAAUUUGAAGAAUCGCUGAAACAAGAACAAGAAAAACUAGUGAGAAAACACAACGAAGUGACCGGAAAUGAAGAAAAUGAUAACCGUGUUGCUUAG